GUGCAGGCAAUGUUCGAUUUUGCAUCUGGUAACCCAAACGAAAAUGUGGUUGACAGAUUGGAAAAAGAACUCAAUGAAACAGGAGCAGAUAUCACAACAUUUGAUAUGAUAAUGUUUCCAAUACACAAAUCUGGGCACUAUUAUAUCUACUGCUUUUACACAAAAAGCAACAUUGUUGAUGUGAUUGACAACCGCGUGCUUCCAGACUGGGUGAUCUUUGAGGACAAAUAUGGCGAAACUUUUAAGAAAAUGGGUGAUGGAUUCAAAGUCUUUUGUGAGAAAGUGAAGAUUUCAGAUGGAAAGCCCAGAAAUUGGAUUCCCAGAAUGUUAUUUAUGUCAUGGAGACAUAAUGGCAAUACUGUUGACUGUGGAAUAUUUGUUUUGCGCCACUUGGAGAUAUAUCAUGGCCAAGGACAC